AUGUAUUAUUAUUUUUAAAAGUAAUUUUAAUAUUUAUAUGAUUAUCUAUUUUAAUUUAUUUUAAUUUUAGGAGUAGUGUUCAUAAUUUAUUUGAUUGUUCUUCAUUAAGUUGCUUUAAAGAAUUUUGAACAGAUAAAAAGCAAAGAAAGAUUAAUAAUUGAAUGGUUAUUAUUAAUUUAUUUUCAAAAUAUAAAUUAUAAGAUAUAAAAAGAACAAAAUCUUCAAUUCUUAAUGACUAAUCAACAAGGACCGUUCUCUACCCCUGCAUUUAUCAUAAAACUAUAUGAUAUGCUUGAUGAAUAAGUAUUCAUUUAUGAUUAUCUCUAAAAGAGCACUCCUUAAUUUUAAACAAUAAUUAAAUGGAGUGACGAUGGUGAAUACUUUAUUGUAUUGAAUCCUAAAGAAAUUGAAACCCAAAUCUUACCAUAAUAUUUCAAACACAAUCACUACUAAUCUUUUUUAAGACAAUUAAAUAUGUAUGAGUUUUAAAAGGCACGAAAUUCAGAGAAUCAUGAAAUAUUUACUCAUCCAAACUUUAAAAAAGGCAACAAGUAUUUUAUAAUUACAUUAAUAGAAAGUAAUUAUCUCAAAUAAAAAGAAACCCAAUCAAAUAAAAAGUUUUACUAAAGAAAGAAAAGAAGAAUGUAAAAGCUGAAUCAACAGAAGCUGAAUUUGAAUAAUAAAUGGAAUAAGAAUUAACAUUCUUAAAGUAAAGAUAGCUUUAAUUUGAAAAUGAUUUCAAAGCGAUAAGUGAAUAAAAUUAAAUUAUUAUGGAAUAACAUAAUUCAAUAUGGUCUUAAUUGAGCUUAUCAAGAUAAUCAUUAGAUGCUAAAAUUGAUAGAUUAAGCUAUUUGCUUAGUUUCUUUUUAAAAUAACAAGAUUCAAGUCUCAAAGAUAAUAAUUUAUAAGAAUUAUUUAAAACUAAUGUGAAGACAGAACUGGAACUUCCUUAAUCUUAAACUUCAUAAAUGGAAUCAUUAUCACCAAUCCUAAGAAUGAUGUAAUCAUAACUUAAUUAUUCAUUGAAAAAAAAUUUAUCAACAUUUAGCCCAAAUUAAUGUAUGAUAAUAAAUCUAUUAUUUUUAGUGAAUUCUCCACUACCAAUUAGAAGUCAAUAAGAAAAUUAAGAUAGCUAAUAUUCAAACUUAAGCCCACUUUAUUAAAAGUCUUUUUAAGAAUACAUGUGAAUAGACUUUUACAUAAGACAAUUAGAAAUGAUUGAUUUUCGAUAUAAAC